CUGUUCAAUUCAGUUCUGCUGAGUUCUCCAUUCUGUGCACUCCAGUGCAAUUAUCAUCAGAUUCAUUACCCUCUCCUCCCUUCCCCCAUUUCAUUGUGUACAUCAGUUAGUCACACGUUGAGCAUUAUCAGACAUAUCAGUAUCAUUUUUGUUCUCUAUUAUUUUCUCUCUCCCCCCACAUCACCAUGAAAAUACAGUGAUAAAAUUUAUGAGUGUAUGGAUCCCCUCCCCCAGGAGUAACACGGCGUCGUGCGUUGUACUUGAUAUACAAUAAUAUUCAUGAGUUUUUUCGUGAUCCUGGGAUAUGUAUCGAGCAUGCUCCUUCAAGAUUCAGACAGAAUAGUGGCAUGCGUCGAUUAAUCUAUGGCAGAUCAACAAGAUCAGUCGUCGCUCGGGGGGUCUGUAGAGAAGGCCAGUGCUUCAGCAGACGCCUCUAAAUUACGGGGGAAGAGCAGUGGUACCAGUGGUUACAGAAAACGACAGAGUACACCAACAGUUGUUGCAACAUUGGCGGAAAAACGUCGGAGACAAACUGAGCCACAAUAUUCAUCCGUUUGUAGUGUACCCAAUACACACAGACGUUCGGUUGAUUCGAGGGGCGAGGGUAAAAAUAAGGGUGAGAGAAAGGGUCAUGGAAGCAGCCUAGGAUCUUCCACUGAUAUUGAUUGGAGAGCACAGCCAAAGGGACAGCAUUCCACGAGUGGUACAAGUGCAACGCGAAAGAAUUCAACAAAACACAGCCAAGCCGAACACAAUCCUGCCCCAAUAGAUUGCGUAGCAUCGCGCACUCGUUCACGUACACCCCAGAAUCCACAAAGUGUUCAAGGAAGCAGUAGUUCAUACGAUCAAACAAUCUACACAAGUAGAAAAUUAUCGUCUGGAUAUAACAAUUUGUUGUCCCUUGGUGGUACAUCAGUGAGUAAUUAUCCGACGACAUCUCGAGGUCGUGGAUUAAAAUUUUCAAGUGGUGGUGCAGGGCAGACAAACGGUGGUACGAGUAGUCAGGUAUUGGGUGUUAAGUCAAGCAUCAGAGUGGGUAACGCAGCUAGUAACUCUGUGGAGAGCGGUGGGGGGGCGUUGGCACAUGACGGGGCAGGGACAAGUGGUGUAACAUCUACGUCCACUGUCAACCCCUCUGUGUCUGCCUCCACCAACCCAAACCACCAUCAUCCCACUCACAAGCAUCUAUUGCGUUCCCGUGUUAAAUUAUCAUCAGAUCAGCCCAAAGAAUUGACAUCAAAAGUUAUAUCCAAGCACAAAAAAGAUCCAUCAUCUUGUACGAGUUCACGUCAUCGUUCGUCAUCACGUGCACGUAAAUCCUGUGACAAUCCCACCUCAAGUGGAGGUGGUCUCAUGUCAGGAUCUGAUACAACACCAUCAGCUUUACCAACGACAACACCAGCCCCAGCACAGCAAGGAGUUGCACCUGGUGACGAGGAAACAGCACCAGCUACAGCAGCAGCUGCCAGUGGUGGUCCAUCUGGAAUGUCUGGAACAACUGGUGACAGUGAGAGUGAUGAUGGAGAAGUUGGUAGACUCCAGGCACUGCUUGAGGCACGUGGAUUACCACCACAUGUUUUUGGUGCACUUGGACCAAGGAUGCAGCAUCUUUUGAAUCGAAGUAUGGGGGCAAGCUCAGCUGCCAAGGCACAGCAGUUACUUGCUGGUCUUCAAGCUGUGGAUGAUGAGGGGGAACAGUUGCAGGCUGUCAUUGGAAUGGGAGAGAUACUAGUUAUGGGUAAUGAGGAUACAUUAACUGGUUUUCCAGUGAAACAGGUAGUUGCUGCAUUGAUCAAUCUCCUGGGUAUUGAGCACAAUUUUGUCAUCAUGACACAUGCCUGUCGUGCACUGACUUACAUGAUGGAAGCACUUCCUCGAUCAUCGACAGUUGUUGUUGAUGCUGUUCCAGUAUUUCUCCAGAAACUUGAAUCAAUCGAGUGCAUGGACGUGGCUGAACAGUGUUUAACCGCACUUGCCAUGCUCUCGAGGAGACACAGCAAGACCAUUCUUCAUGCUGGUGGUGUAUCAGCCUGCCUUAAAUUCGUUGAUUUCUUCAAUAUAACAGCUCAACGCGCUGCCCUUACGAUAACAGCAAAUUGCUGUCAAAAUCUUCAUCCCGAUGACUUUCAUCUUGUCGUUGAGAGUCUACCAUUACUCACCAGUCGACUCACUAAUCAGGAUAAAAAAAGUGUUGAAUGCGUUUGUCAGGCAUUCAGCAGACUUGUUGAUAGCUUUCAACACGAUCCAGUGAUGCUGCACAAAAUAAUAACAGCUGAAUUACUCCAGAAUUUACAGCAACUCCUGAUGAUAACACCACCAGUCAAUAGCAUUGGCAAUUUUAUAACUGUAUUACGAAUGCUCUCUGUGAUAUCGAAUCGUUGUCCUGACCUCGCCCAACUGCUCCUGCAGCAGAAUAUCGCUUUUACAUUGAGUUAUCUACUGACUGGAUCUCUCGAGGUUAAAACUGAGGAUGUGGAUCUUGUGCCAAGAUCACCUCAGGAGUGGUUCGAGAUCACUUGUCUAAUUGAGGAGCUCAUGCCACCUCUACCCACUGAUGGAAUAUUCAGUGUCAAUAGUCUCCUGGAGAGGACAAAUAAUCAACAGGAGACUGUACACUGGGAGUGGAGGGAUGAGCGACACUGUUGUCAUCCAUUCAGCACUAUUGACUCAAGAAUAAUUGAAAUGGCUUUUCAAAAUGGCGAGGACGAGAUAUGUCUCUCUACACUUGGUAGAACAUACACUAUUGAUCUUACAAUGAUGAAGCAGAUCAAUGAGGACAUUGGAAUGGCAAGGAGUAUAUUCAGGAGGGUUAUGACUGAUACUGCUGAGGGAAAGAGUCCAACUUGCUCCGGGAGUAUGGAUGUCGUACCACCUGUUAUCGAGACCAAUGAGUGGCUUGUUUCAUUUAUUAGAACUCUUUUCUCAGUGUUGUAUGAGGUUUACAGUAGUUCAGCUGGGCCUGCUGUUAAGCACAAGUGUCUUCGGGCUCUACUCAGAAUGGUAUAUUAUGCAUCCACUGAUUUGUUGAAGGAUGUAUUGAAAAAUCAAGUUGUAUCGUCACACAUCGCUGGUAUGCUUGCCUCUCAGGAUUUGAGAAUAGUCAUUGGUGCACUCCAAAUGGCUAGUAUUCUCAUGAAACGUCUGCCACAAGUAUUUGGAGUACAUUUUCACAGAGAGGGAGUACUUCAUCAAGUCAGACAAUUGGCUGAUCCCGAGGUACCUCUUGGUGUAUCACCACCUAAGUGCACUUCUGGCACAUCAUUGCCAAGUCCCCAACCUGGUCCAUCCAAUACACCGUUGUCAUCGACGAUGACGUUGUCUUCUAGCAGUGCCACGUCUCCUGUUGCCUCGCCAACGACCAAUGGAAAUAUUUUAUUUGGCUCAAUUGCUACUAGUCAAUUGAGACCUAGUCUUACUGCUACUAUGGAGACCAGAAGCCGAACUGAUUUGAGCUCAUCCGUUGAAGAUUCAGCGACUACACCACAAAGUGCCCACUUAAGAAUUGGAGAAGUCCUAAAACGCAAACGUACAAGCAAAAAAGGAAGGCUCUCUCGUCUUGGAAGUGCAACGACACCCCAGCAAUCACCCCAGGCCGAAUCACUCUUCACAGGAUUUGCCCAGAAGAACAAUCGAUUCCUGGGUAAUCUCAAUCCAGCACGUUGGGGUAGAAAAUCAUCAGCAUCGUCUGCAUCGAGUGAUAAAAGAGAUUCAACAUCAUCGACGAGCCUGACAAAGCCACCAAGCAAUCCCAGUCUCACCGGUGGUAAUCGUGAUAAAGCAAAAACUUGGGUUCGAGAACAGGCGGGACAAUUUUUAUCUCGGUAUCAGGAUGAUGCCCCAUGUACACACCCAGCCCUCACAGUUCUCUCUCGUUUAACCUCAGCAAUUCAGCGUUUGCAAUCGAAUGAACUCGAUGAAAUGCUAUCUGCCCUGACAGAGCUACGUGAUAUCGUACUGGAGAGUGACAUUUCACCAUUCGAAAUGAACUACAGUGGCUUAAUAAAGGCCCUCUUGAAUCACCUGACGACAACAGAUGCCCCAGGAAAUCGUUACGAUCGUCUCAGAAUGUUCUGGAAGCUCUUCGCUGAGUCCACGCUUCAACAGGACACAAAUACUGACAAUCCCAUUGAUUUUAAUCCCGGAGCAUUUGGUGCUCUCGUCAAUAAAUUAAAUAGUUGUGUAGCACAGUUGGAACAAUUUCCCGUUAAAGUCCAUGAUUUACCAGCGGGCUCUGGUGCUGGACGAGGUGGAACUAGUGCAUUAAAAUUCUUCAAUACCCACCAAUUAAAAUGCAAUCUCCAACGACACCCAGACUGCAAUAAUCUCAAACAGUGGAAAGGUGGUACUGUUAAAAUUGAUCCACUGGCACUGGUUCAAGCGAUCGAGCGUUAUUUGAUGGUGAGAGGUUAUGGUAGAAUCAGGGAUGCUGAGUCAAUGGUCAGUGAUGAUGACAACAGUGAGGAUGACAUCGAUGACACUCUGGCUGCUGUUGUCAUAUCGCAAGGAUCGAAACACAAGCUCCAGUUUCUCAUUGGUGAUGAAGUUUUGCCGUUCAAUAUGACUGUUUAUCAGGCAGUCAGGCAGUUCAGUUGUGCUGGUAUCGAUCAUUCUGAGGCUGAGACUGAUACUGAACCACCACUGGGUCAUGAUGCUGUCUGGGUGCAGACACACACAAUUUAUUAUAGGCCAGUGCCAGAGGAGGAGACAACAAAUUCACCUAAGCCUGGAUCAAGCUCUCAGAGUACGUCGAGUAGAAAGGGCAAGGGUAAAUCAACGAAGAUAAGUUCAAAACGCAAAGAGGAUAGUCUGUGGCUGGAGGGAGCUGUACCACCACCAAGAUGUCCACUGGCUCCUUAUCUGUCCCCAGUUCUGCCAUCAGUGACAAUAAGUGACGCAUCAUUGGAUGGAUUGUGUCUACUCAGAUUGCUUCAUUCCUUGAACAGACACUGGGGGGUUCUCUUUCCACAUUUGAAGAGUGCAUCUCUUCUCUCAUCUCAGGAUUUCAUCAACAAUAAAAUUGCAGCAAAGGCCAAUCGACAGCUGCAGGAUCCUCUCGUCAUCAUGACUGGAAAUUUACCAUCCUGGCUGCAACAGAUUGCCUCUGUCUGCCCUUUCUUAUUUCCCUUUGAGACACGUCAGCUGCUGCUUUAUGCCACAUCAUUUGAUCGUGAUAGAGCAUUACAGAGACUUCUGGAUUCAGCUCCAGAGCUGUCCGGCUCUGACUCACAGGAGCGUGUCACUCCAAGACUGGAGAGGAGAAAACGAACGAUAUCGAGGACUGAUAUCUUCAAACAGGCUGAACAAGUUAUUCAGGAUCUUGCGUCGAGCAAGGCUCUUCUUGAGGUGCAAUAUAUCAAUGAAGUUGGAACUGGUUUGGGACCGACUCUUGAAUUUUACGCUCUGGUAUCGAGGGAGUUUCAGAGGGCUGAGCUGGAUAUGUGGCAUGGGGGUACCAAUGACUCGAAUUACAUUCACUCAAAUCAGGGUUUAUUCACGAAACCAGCGCCCUGGAAUACGAAGGUUCCAGCUCUUGCUAAAUUAAAAACGAGAUUCAAGUUCCUAGGAAAAUUCAUGGCGAAGGCUAUUUAUGACUCCAGAAUGCUCGAUCUACCCUUCAGUCUCACCUUUUAUAGGUGGUUGUUGGGGGAGGAACACACAUUGACACUUGCUGAUCUGGCGCACAUCUGUCCAGAUGUCUACAGAACGCUGAGUAAAUUGCAGGAUGUCAUCAGGAGGAAAGAGGCUAUCGAAAGGGAUCAGACACUCAGGUCUAACGAGAAGGCACAACUCGUUGAGAUGUUGGAUCUUGAUAAUUGUCCUAUUGCUGAUUUGGGACUUGUCUUUGAGCUGCCAGGGUAUGGAAAUGUUGAACUGAGAAAAGGGGGAAGUGAGAUACCUGUGACUAUUCACAAUCUUGAUCAGUAUAUCAAGCUCGUUGUUCACUGGUUCCUGUAUGAGGGAGUUUUCAGGCAAAUGGAUGCCUUCAGGGAAGGUUUCGAGUCGGUAUUUCCACCUGCACAGUUGAGACUCUUUUUCCCGGAGGAAUUGGAAGCUGUAUUUUGUGGGCAUCAUCAAAGUGGGGGACAGUGGGAUGUUAAAACUCUGCUGGAGUGCUGCAGGACUGAUCAUGGAUACACACCUGAUUCCAGGGCUAUCAGGUUUUUAUUUGAAGUGAUGGCGGAGUACAAUAGUGAGGAGCAGAGACAAUUCAUUCAGUUUGUUACUGGAUCGCCAAGGCUACCUGUUGGAGGAUUCAAGAGUCUGACGCCACCCCUCACGAUAGUUCGAAAGACAUUCGAUCCAUCAAUGAAGACCGAUGAUUUUCUGCCCUCCGUCAUGACAUGUGUCAACUAUCUCAAACUCCCCGACUACACAACCCUCGAUAUAAUGCGCGAAAAAUUACGAAUUGCUGCACAGGAGGGACAGCACUCGUUCCACCUCUCCUAGAAAUGGAUCCCAAGUCAUUUAUUAUUACUAUUAUAUUUUUUUUUCAUGUGUUAUGUCGUUCAUCUCUCGAAAGAUCCAUCUCCAAUCUAAAUAUCUCAAGAAAGAAUUUUUCAAAGAAACAAGUGGAGAAACGCCCCAUCUCAAGCUAAAAAAAAAAAUAUCUUCAUUCUCACUUUCAGACUCAAUCAAUUAGAAAGUGCAUUAAUCAUUUUGAUAAAUUUUAGAUUCUGUGCCCCUGUCGAUCUACAAUAAUAAUUUUCAUAAUCCCAAAAAUCUUCUCAGUUUAUUAACUUAAAUGAAAGACCUCCGGAAUCAAAAGGUCUUCGUUGAAAUGACGAUGAAGAAAUAUUCAAAAAAGAAAAAAAAUGAAAGAUAACAAACAAAACAAUGAAGAAAAAAAAAAA